AGCCCUAAUCCUUACAAUUUUGUUUGGGACACGGUUGGGAAUCACUGUAGUAUGUACUUUAUAUAUAUAUAUGGAAACAAUCUGAAGAAAUAACGAAUGUUUGCAGCGGGGGGCGAUAUGUAGACAUAAUGUGAAUGUUCUCAGAAGUAAAGAAGAAGAGGAUGUUGUCCUGUCAUAAAUGCUGCGCCUCGGUCAGUUUUUUCCUCUGAUUUCUUUCAGGCAAGGUUUAACAAAGCAAGACAAACAGCAACUACCCCCUGGAACCUGCUUAAAGACCCCUGAAAAUAUGGAGUCUGUUAAAGAGGAGAGUGAAGAUGUCUGUAUUUCAGAACUAUUCAGACCAAAAAAUGAAGAUCCUGAGGAACAAAGAGAUGUGAUGGCAGUGGAUGAGGAAAGUCAAGAACUGAUUGAAGUGGAGGAGAAACAUCAGUUUAAGAAACCUGAGGAUUUUGUAACUGGAGAAAAAUCUUCUAGUUGCUCACAGACUGAAAAGAAAUUCAAACAAAAAAGAAAUCGCACAGAAACAGGAAAUUCUUUUAUGUGCCCUCAGUGUGGAAAGAGUUUUAAACAUAAAGGAAACCUUAAUAGCCACAUAAGAAUUCACACUGGAGAGAGGCCUUACACCUGCCCGCAGUGUGGAAAGAGUUUCAGACAGAAAGUAAAUCUUAUGGAUCACUUGAGAAUUCACACUGGAGAGAAGCCUUUCACAUGCUCUCACUGUGGAAAGAGUUUCACACACAAACCAAGUCUUACAGAGCACAUGAGAACACACACUGGAGGGAAACAUUUCAAUUGCCUUGAGUGUGGAAAGACAUUUACAAAUCCAAGUAGCCUAAGAAGGCAUUUAAAUAUUCACUCUGAAAAUCAAUUACACCAAUGUACUCAUUGUGGCAAGAGUUUUACACAGGCAAGUCGUCUCAAACUUCAUCUGCGUUAUCACUCUGGAGAAAAGCCAUUUAACUGUGAACUUUGCGGUCACAAAUUUAUUUUGCCAUCAGUGUUAAAAAGACACUUAAAACUUCAUGCAAAUGAGAAGCCUUACAUAUGCACUGUUUGUGGAAGGAGUUUUUCACAACUGGCUUAUAUGAAGCAGCACCAGAUUAUACAUUUGGGUGUAAAACCUCAUGUUUGUUCAGAGUGUGGUAAAGCUUUUAUCAGAGCUGAUGACUUGAAAGCGCACCAAAGAAUUCAUACUGGAGAAAAACCAUUCAAAUGCUCAUAUUGUGAGAAGAGUUUCAAACGGCGCCAACAGCGGAAAACACAUGAAAAAAUGCACCCGGUCACCAUGCUUCCGGGUUCUUUUGAGCUGCAGCCUUCUGUGGUGACAGACCAGAUGGAAGAGAAAAAGGAAAGCCAAGAACUAAAUGAAGAGGAGAAAAAAUAUCACCAUCAGAAACCUGCUGAUUUCAUAACUGGACAUAAAUAUUAUAGUUGCUCACAGACUGAAAUUAAUUUUGCACUAAAAAGAUCAAAAGCAAAAAAAGCCAUGUGCCCUCAAUGUGCAAAGAGUUUCACAAAAAAAGGAAACCUUAAGAGUCACAUAAAAAUUCACACUGGAGAGAAGGCUUUCACUUGUCUUCAGUGUGGAAAGAGUUUCAUACAGAAAGUACACCUCUCUUUACACAUGAGAAUUCACACUGAUAAAAAGAGCAUUCAAAUCCACAUAAGAGAACACACUGGAGAGAAGCUUGACGCAUGUCUUCAGUGUGGAAAGAAUUUCAGACACAAGUACACAUGUCUUCAGUGUGGAAAGAGUUUCUCAAGUUCAAGUAGCCUAAAAAGGCAUAGAAAUGUUCAUUCAGAAAACAAAUUACACCACUGUUCACAUUGUGGCAAGAGUUUUAAUCAGGCAAGAAAACUCAAAAAUCAUCAGUGCUCUCACUCUGGCUUCACAGACAAAAAUACCCCUGAGAAUCACAUGAGAAUUCACACUGAAGAGAAGCCAUUUGACUUGACCAUUCAUGAAAAAGAGAAAUACAAUGCUAUCAGUGUAAUAAUGGAGUUUGUUAAAGAUGAGAGUGAAGACAUCUGUAUUUCAGAAUCAUUCAGACAACAAAAUGAAAAUACUGAGGAACAAAGAGACCUGAUGGAGGUAAAUGAAGAAAGUGAAGAGGAGAAAUAUCACUCUCAGAAAUCUGCUAACUUCAUAACUGGAGAACAAUUUCACAGUUACUCACAGACUGAAAUACAUUUUAAACAAAAUACAAAAGCAGAAAAUUCUUCCACAUGCUCUCAGUGUGGAAAGAGUUUCACAAAAAAAGGAAACCUAAAGAGGCAUCUAAGAGUUCACACUGGAGAAAAGCCUUUCACAUGCACUCAGUGUGGAAAGAGUUACACAGACAAAGGACAGCUUACAUAUCACAUGAGAAUUCACACUGGAGAGAAGCCUUUCGCAUGCACUCAGUGUGGAAUGAGAUUCAUUAAAAAAGGAUGCCUUAAUAGGCAUCUGAGCGUUCACACUGGAGAGAAGCCCUUCACGUGCACUCAGUGUGGAAAGAGUUUCAGACGGAAAGAAAACCUUGCGGAUCACAUGAGAAUUCACACUGGAGAGAAACCUUUCACAUGCAGUCAUUGUGGAAAAUGUUCAACAGAUAAACAAAGCCUUAAAAUCCAUAUAAGAGUUCACACUAGAGAGAAGCCUUACAUAUGUCAUCAGUGUGGAAAGAGUUUCUCAUGUUUAAGCAGCUUAAAAAGGCAUCGAAAUGUUCAUUCAGAAAAGGAGUUACACCACUGUUCACAGUGUGGCAAGAGUUUCAACCAGGCAAGAACACUCACAAAUCAUCAGUGCUCUCACUCUGGCUUAACAGACAAAAAUACACUUCAAAAUCGCAUGAGAAUUCCCACUGGAGAGAACCCUUUUGACUUGACCCUUCAUGGAAACGAGAAGACUUACUUCUGUUCUGUCUGUGGAAAGAGUUUUUCACAGCUGGGCCAUUUGCAACAGCACCAAAAAAUACAUACAGGUGUGAAAGCACAUGUGUGUUCCGAGUGUGGUAAAGCCUUUCUCCUAUUACACCACUUGAAAAUCCACCAAGUAAUUCAUACUGGAGAAAAACCUUACAAGUGCUCAUAUUGUGGAAGGGGUUUCACUAUGCUAGCGAACAUGAAAUCACACAAGAGAGUUCAUACUGGAGAGAAGCCAUACCACUGCAGUUCAUGUGGAAAGAGUUUCUCUACCCCACGCAACCUCAAAAGUCACGAGAUGACAAUGCACACCGGAGAGAAGCCAUACCACUGCACUUCAUGUGGAAAGAGUUUUGGCAUAUCAAGUACACUACGAAGACAUAUAAAGAAGAAUUGCUCAAAGUUGUCAAAGUUUAAAAAAUCAAAAACAAUUUCAAGUUCCCCUGAAAAGAUGGAGUUUGUUAAAGAGGAGUUCAUUAAAGAGGAGAGUGAAGACUUCAGUAUAUCAGAACCAUUCAGACUAAAAAAUGAAGACACUGGAGAACAAAGAGACCCUAUGGAAGUGAAAGAGGAAAGUGAGGAACUUAACGAAGAGGAGGAGAAACAGCCGUAUCAGAAACCUUGUGAUUUCAUAACUGGAGAAAAAUCUUAUAGUUGCUCACAGACAGAUAAGAAAUUCUCCCAAAAAAGAACUCGAAAAGAGAGUGAAGACAUUAGUGAUCCAGAGCUACGCAGGAUGAAAACUGAAGAUACUGAAGAACAAAGAGACUUGAUAGAAGUAAAAGUCGAAAGUCAAGAACGGAAUGAUAUAGAGGAGAACCACCAUCAAUAUCAUCAAAGAACAAGAGACCAAAAGUAUUUUACCUGCCCUCACUGUGGAAAGAGUUUUGCACAAAAAGGAGACCUUAAGCGUCACAUAAGAAUUCACACUGGAGAGAAGCCUUUCACAUGCUCUCAGUGUGGCAAGAGUUUCAGAGAGAGUGGAAUAUUUAAGUGUCACAUGAGAAUUCACACUGGAGAGAAGCCUUACGCAUGCAAUCAGUGUGGAAAGAGCUUCACACAGAGAGGACAGCUUGACGGUCACAUGAAAAUUCACACUGGAGAAAAGCCCUUUUCUUGCCUUCAAUGUGGAAAGAGUUUCAGAGAGAAAGGACAUCUUAAGCGUCACAUGAGAAUUCACACUGGAGAGAAGCCCUUCACAUGCCAGCAGUGUGGAAAGAGUUUCAAACAAGCUGGCCAUCUCACACUUCAUCUGCAAAAUCAUUCUGGAUUAAGGCCAUUUAACUGUGAACAGUGUGGCAAGAAAUUUACACGGAUAUCAGAUCUAAAGAUACACAUGACAACUCAUACAAAUCAAAAGCCAUACGUGUGUUCUUUUUGUGGAAAGAGUUUCUCUUACUCGGGACACUUGAAAUCACAUGAGAGAGUGCACACUGGAGAGAAGCCAUACCAGUGUACUUCAUGUGAAAAGAGUUUCACCCAGUCAAGUAAUCUAAGGACUCAUUUAAAAAAGGGUUGUUCAAAAUUGUCAUAGUGAGCUUUGUAACUUUUAGGGUCAAUACUCAUGUAUUUAAUGUAACACAACUUCACUAGGCAGAUUUCUCUGAAAACAAGACUUCAAAAUGAUAGUUUGAGUGUAUAAAUGUUCAUAAUUAUCAUAAUCUUGUAUAACGGGUAUCAACCAGAUCUGAUGUCAUUACCUUUAGAAAUGACAGAAUUAACCUUUAGCAUGUCACAUAAAAAGAGUGAAAUUCAACUGGGUUUUGUUACGGUCUGUGACUCCAGUUUCGAGUUCUCUCUAUCACUCUGUCUCUUGCUCACUCGCUGAGCGAGUAUUGGUGUGUGUUCUUUUAGGUCCGCCUUUGUGCACCUGAGACUCGUCUGCUCGUUAAGCCCCGUUCACAUUGUCAGCAAUUUUGUCACUGGAUGCAACAGGAAAUCAUUCAUUUUCAAUGAGAGCUGGCGACUUUAUGUGUUUUGAGUGACAGUAACUGUUGGCGACAGGAUGUGGGAAUGUCAAGAGACAUGACAAAGUUGAGAAAAGUUUAACUUUAUGCAAAUGCAGAGCGAUAUCAUGCUGCAACUACCAAUGAGAGAAAACAGUGGAGCUCACACCAUCCUGUUCGUACUGGAAUGGAGUGCAGGAAAUAUGGAGAUGUAAAUGUUGUCAAUUGAUUUAAUUUUUCGAAAUCAUUUAUCUGUAACCACAUGCCUUUAUCUGUAACCACAUGCAUGGAUGUAAUAAAACA